AUGUAUGUGACAUAUAAUGAAAAAGUUGAAAAAAAGAUAUCAUAUGAUUUAUUUACAAACACAGACUUUAGAAACAGGUUUUCGAAGCUUGUUUGGGACAUUAAUAUGAAACCUGAUGUUUUUGAGGUGAAGUGGGGUUUGCUUAUGAAGGAAUUCAAUCUUGAAGACACAAGAUGGUUUAAAGACAUGUUUACAAUACGUGAUUCAUGGAUACCUGGAUAUUUUAGUGAUGUUCCAAUGUGUGGUUUGAUGAAGACUACAUCGAGGUCAGAGAGUAUGAAUUCAUCCUUUAAUACAUAUUCAGAAAGUGGGAACUUACUUUUGAAUUUCAUGAUGAAUUACGACACUGCCAUUCAAAAGAAAAGGAAUACUCAACGAGAGCUUGAUAAGGCAUCAAAGAAAACAUCAUAUAAAAUGCAAACACCUCGAGAAAUAGAACUGCAAGCAUCAAAGGUUGAAAUAAAAGAUGAAGAGAAAGAAAUAAAUUGUAGUUGUGAACAUUUUAAGCGUAUAGGUGUUUUAUGCAGACAUGCUUUUACAAUAAUGAUGAGAUGUGGUGUUAAAGAAAUUCCUGAAAGGUACAUUUUGAAGACAUGGAGAAAGGAUGUGAUAUCAAGAAAUUAUCGUUUUAGUUCUGUUCAAUCCGAUUCAAGUGAUUGUGAGAAUGUAAAGGUAGUCAAUGAUUCAUAUUAUAGUUUUGAAUCAUGUUUGCAUAUUGUAAGAGAUGACAAAAAGAGAUUGGUUUUGUUUGCUGAGAAACAACAAAUGUUGUUGAAGGAAUUUGAGAGUGAUUAUAUUUCUUCUGGAUUGAAAAGAAAGACAGAUGGUGAAGUCGUAUGCAAGCUUUUGGGUGUUACUAUUCCUAUUCCAGAAGAGAUUAAUAUUCAUGUUCCUGAAGUUCAAAGCAAUAAAGGUUCUGGAAUCAAGAAAAGAAUUCCAAGUGCAGGUGAAGUAGCAUAUAAAAAUUCUAAAAAAGAACAUAGAAUGUGUUCAGGAUGUGGAAAACGAGUUCCACACAAUUUACGUACUAGUCCAGAAAGAGUUGAAGCUGCUAAAUCCGCAAAAGACAGUUAG